AGUGUUUUGUUUAGGUUACAAGAUCGGGUUCGAAAGUUCGAUCUCUGCGACCUUUCGGAGCAUGCACGCUGGCGAUCCGCAUCGGAUUAAAUAAUAUUCCUGAUACGUUUGUCUGUUCCAUUUUGUAUGCUUCUCAUGAUCCAUGCGGAAGUCCGACUGUGUCACAACGGGAACGAUAUCCCACUGCCAGCACCAGAGAGCAUAAUAAUGCAUCACGUCACAGUCUUACAGAUGCGGCAAUAUGCUGCUCACUCCAUGCGCCUGAAAUAUAGAGGACUUACAGUUGUUGGAAGAUUUGAUUCAGUCGACAAAUGUCCUCCUCAAUGUAUGACCCAUUACCACGAAUCGACCUCGGGGCUACAUACGGAGCAUUGUUUAUUGGAGCCAUCGUUGCAGCACUUCUCUUUGGUCUAACUAACAUUCAAGCUUUUAUCUACUUUCAGACGCAUGCGGGAAAACGGACAACAUUCUAUAAGCUAGUGGUCUUCUGGCUUUGGGUACUUGAUGCUAUGCACCUGGCGUUGAUUGUCCAUUCCGUCUAUUAUUAUGUGGUGACCAACUUCGGGAACAUCAGUGUGCUCAUAGAAGUUGUAUGGAGUUUUAAACUUCAGAUGGUACUCAACAUUCUCAUUGCCUAUGGGACACAUCUUCUUUAUGCUCAUCGAAUAUGGAUAGUUGGCAGAGACAGAUCAAGAGCUUUCCUCAUAAUACCGGCCAUAGUUGUUGUCCUAGGUUCAGGUGUUGCCCUCACCCUGAUUUGGAUAGUAUACGAUCCGUAUAUGAAUGUGACUAUACUCCAAUGGCCAACGUUCCUGGCUUUGAGCACGGCUGCUCUUCUCGAUACACUUGAUACAUCCUCGCUGUGUUAUCUCCUCGCUACCUCCCGCACUGGGUACAUUGACACUGAUUCCUUCAUCACAAGACUCAUUGGUUACAGCAUUUAUAGCGGCUGUCUGACAAGUAUAUGCUCAAUGGCGUCUAUCAUUACAUGUGCAGUGAUGCCAAAGAACUUCAUCUUCCUCAGUCUUCAAUUUUUGAUGGCUAAACUUUAUGUCAACUCGUACAUCGCACUCCUGAAUGCGCGGCACUACACACAGUCCAACGUGAACACCACUAAUUUUUCCGAACUUCGUGGGUGCCACAGUGACUCCCUCACUGGCACGCAUAAUGCGUCGCAAGAGAAACUUCGGAAGAACGUGUUUUCUUAUCCCGACCGUGAAGUAGUGCUUCCCAUUCGACCUAUUCAGGCUGCCAUGGUCAGUAGUUGCGUUACUGUGGAUGAGGACCUAAUGACAUGCUUCAGUCGCACCAGCCGAUUUGAGUGACGGCGGAGACGGAGACAAUUACUUGAUAGAUUGUCUAUCCGUCUGGGCACGAGUAGAUUUUUGAGUUUCUAGAUUACCAGUCCAUCGGAUUUUAUUACAGCUCUUUGCAUAAAGGAUGGCACCGGCGUGAAAUUUUCGCUCAAUUAGGAAAUGUUAGACUUAGUGAAAUUUUG